GAGAGGACCGCAGCAUCAGCAUCAUCAUCACCCAUACACAAUGACAUAAGACAGGCACUAGCUUAGUUUACUGUACGAGACGACGGGGAGGAAUUUUUCCGACACCAGAUAAAAAUGAGUCGCUUCUGCUCGGACAACAACAACUUUCCCUAUGACAACAACGUCCUGGUUCUGGACAUGGUGCUGGGCUCUUUGUGGGGAGUGCCCCAGCCCAUAAACUGGGACAAUGUAGCCAAGCUAGUUCCAGGAUUCACUCCCAAGGAGUGUGCCCGUCGGUUUGAGGAGCUGAAGAGCGCAGGGGGGUUUCCUCACGUGGACAACCAGUGCAAUGCCCUGACAGAAGGAGACACCUCCCCAUCAGACGGCCUGUCCACAAUGCUGGACACCGGGGAGGUGGUGGAGACAGGAAGCAGCCAGAGCAGCAGCAAAGUUACAGGCUCAAAAUCGACACCCUCAGGACGAGUUGGUGUCGUGGAGAAGAAAGAGAAAAGAGUGUCAGCAGAGGAGAAUGACAAACCUCAGAAGCAACGAGAUCCCAACAUGGUCAUCCAUGUGUGUGAUGAGACCAAGAACCUGAAGCAGGACUUCACAUGUCCCAGAGAUCUCCUAGUGAAAGAGAUGCGUUACUUUGCUGAGUACUUGUCUGUGGACCCCCAGAGGUGGGAGGAGGUGGACAUCUCCGUCCACUGUGACGUGCAGAUCUUCGACUGGCUCAUGAACUACGUCAGGAGGAACUCCGCAGGAGAGGGAAACAAGGACAAGCCCCGGCUCGAGCCCAGCAAUGUGAUCUCAAUCCUGAUCUCCUCCGAGUUCUUGAAGAUGGAUACGUUAGUGGAGGAGUGCAUCCAGUACUGCCACAAACACAUGAGCGCCAUCGUGGCUACGCCCUGCAACAUGAACUGCAUCAACAGCAACCUGACAACACGCAUCGCUGAGCUCUUCAGCCACAACGAGGCCGACGACAUCAGGGACAAGAAGGACAAGUUCAAAAGCAAAUUGUUUCAGAAGAAAAUUGAGCGUCUCUUCGAUCCCAGCUACCAGAGCAGGGAUUCACCAGGAAACGCCUCCACUCUCUACAGGUGUGGUCUGUGCCUUAAGAUGCUGACCAAAGACACAGAGAGGAAGAUUUCCUGUGUUCCAGGGAAAAUCAACAUUGAUGCUCGUGGAGGAAUCAUCUAUACACACACUAGACAGAAGAGCUGGGAUGUGCAUGAAUACAUUACGGGUCUGUAUGAGGAACUCAAGUCCUGGGUCCUGGUCUACUGGAGACUCUGGGGUACCAUCAACUACCUCACCUGCUCCCGAUGCCAACAGGUGUUCGUGUGUGCAGAGCUGACCUGCUGCAAGUACCACCCAGACAGUGUGCUGUACCCCGGCAUGGGUAUAGAGAAAGGCUGGCAUGGUGCAGGAAUCUACCCCUGCUGCAACCAGAGGGUUCUCCGCUUUGAUCCCACUGGCAUGCCCAAGGGCUGUAAGAUGCGGGACCACAUAGUGAACGUACCUGAUGAGGAAAACUGCGACGAGGCGACCUCAGCCCAGACCAGAGUCCUUAACGACCUGCUGCUGCACAGAGACGCAGUGUGUCUGUCUAACACACCGCCUGCAGAGGGUGCUGAGGAGAGUCCGUCCAGUGCAGAAAAGGUUCAGGACUGUGACGUUCUCUUGGAGCCAACACUGCUGGGACCUCUGAGAGGAGACGGCAGCACUUUUUCCCUUUUGAAAAACUGGAGUCUGCAACUGAGGCAGCAGUCUCUCCUGUCAGAGGAUGAGGAGUACACCACGGGGUCAGAGGUCACUGAAGAUGAGGUGGGGGAUGAAGAGGAGCAGUCCAAGAAACAAGCUGCUAAGAAGGCCAAAAAGGCCCACAGACCUCUGAAAAAACAAAUGUCCUCUCCAAGCUUCCAACGCAAAGACAAACCAGAGAAAUCACAGUCCAGGGACAACACGCCUUUCACAGUGAGUGUCCAGAAAAGUAAGUGGGACAGUUCUCGCUCCAUGCGUUACAACCAGGACGCUCAGAGGGAAGAAGACCAGCGUCGCAUGGUGGAGAUCAUCGGCCACCUGACUAAGAUGAGGUUUGGAGACCAGGAGCAGAGCAGAUCGAAGGAUACUAAAGAACCUACAGGGGGAAUCUACUCCAGACUGGAAGCGCAAUUUAAGAGUGCCUCUCAAGGCAGACAGAGUUCAGAGAAGACGCCCAGAUCUAAAAUACGCUACGCUCAAAUCCGGACAACAUAAAGGACUUGACGGGAAAAGGCCUGUGAGCUGCUGAAGAGACGAGCAUGAAAACCGAUGAAGAGGAAGAGGCGGGAUCCUUCUGCGAGGGCUCAGUACCACAAAAUAACAUCCUACUGGCAGCCCCUCUAGCACGGCCACCCAGCUGUGGAUUCUCUCCUCACCCUCAACCCUUGUCAGUCCCGUUCCCUCCCUCUUUGCUUAACUCAGGUGACUAUGUAUGGAUCACCAUCAACUGCAUCCUCCGUCACUCAGCUAGCUAUUUAUUUGUGCAGCUGUGGUCAGUCGUUGAAAAACAAGGAGAAGUCUGGAUCCGGCUCAGCUUUUAGGAAAUGCACUUGAACCGAUCGGCCUGCUAGUUCUCCCACCGCCAUCUUACCUGAACGUCUGACUUAUCUGGAUCCAGUAAAUCCAGCGUGUUUUAGUUUUAGGUCACACUACAUCAGUACAUUAAAUUACCAUUCAUUGUCUUCUGUGGUGCAGCCCAGCCACCUGGGUGAUACAAAUGCUGCAGUUAUUUAUAAAUGUUGCCCCCA